UUUCAUCUUGCCACGUUUCGCUUUGGUACAACUCGAAAUUGUCCAAGAUUAUAAUAUUAAUUCACGUUUUCCGAAAAAUUCACAAAUUCACGUUUAUCGAAACAUCAUCAUCUCAGAUGAGUCCCAUUUCUGGCUAAUUAGUUUCGUCAACAAACAAAUUUGUUGCUAUUGCGGUGAGUCAAACCCUCGUGUCGUUCAGGAGUCGCAAUUGUACCCAAAAAUUGACCGUUUGGUACGGAUUGUGGUAUUGCGGCAUCAUCGGGGCUUAUUUCUUUCGAAAUGAGGCAGAAAAUUCCGUUACCAUCAAUAGCGAGCGUUAUAACACGAUGUUGACCGACUUUUUUCUGGAAAUUUGGUUAAAUCGACGCGGAUGAUCUCCAUUUCAAACAAGACAUGGGUACAUGCAAAGUUUGGCAACUCGUUAAUUUCAAGAAAUGGCCCAGUCAAAUUGCCGCCGAGAUCAGGCGAUUUAACGCCUUUAGAUUAUUGUAUCUGGGGAUACGUAAACAGUUUACUUCAAUCAACCACCAAUGCUCGAUUAGCUCGAAGACAACAUUCAGCGAAAGAAGAAAUUACAGCCGAAAUGCUGCACCGGGUCAUCGAAAAUUGGCGUAAACGGGUGGAGAUACGCAAACGGAGCCGUGGUGGAUAUUUGGUCGACAUUUUGUUCAAAUCCAUAACAAAAAACAAAACAGAACCUAAUUUGAGUGCUUUUCUUCAUUUCAACAUCACGUCGUUAAUGUUGUUGUUUGUCCCUUUAAUAAAUUCGAUAAAGUAUACAUAUAAGAGUACAGAUAGAUGAAUUUUGUAAGAUGGCCGCAGAGACUGGAAUGGGUAUGACCGUGGACAUGUCAAAAGAAAAAUUUAGGGAACUUAACUUGAGCGUCGUUGGGAGAAAGAAAAAUUAACAAAUGAGGUUGUUGCAACAUAUGGUUUUCUGGGAUGCUAUACAUGAAGUACGAAGUGAUAACGAAUUAGCAAAUUAUUGUACACUAUUGAAGAUAGUAGUGUAAAUUGGGUGUUAUUUACGUUGCGUGAUGUUGAUAAUUGAGUAUCAAGUUAUGUUGUCGAUAGAUACAGUUAUUUGUUUGAAAAUUCAAUUCACUAAAAAAUCUUCAACAAAAACUUAUAAAUUAUGUUUAUUUCACGAAUCAACAAAAGUGUUUACGUUUUUGUUACAAUCUACAUGCUCAAGAGAAUUACGUCAGAAGUGCAAUUUGUCUUUGUACCAAUUGUCACAGCCAAAACCGAAAAAGCAUGUAGCAUAAUAAGAGAAAUAAACAGCAAACAUAUCAGAUUAUUGGUGGACUUAUACCAUUUGCAACAUAUUACGGGUAAUAUAACGUAUGCCUUCGCUGACUUCAAGGACAUAAUUGGACAUAUUCAAAUUGCGCAAAUUCCUCAUCGGCAUGAACCUAAUAUUGCCGGAGAAAUUGAUUUUACUUACAUUUUCGACUUAAUAAAAUUGAUUGGAUAUGAUGGCUGGAUUGGAUGCGAAUAUAAGCCAAAAACUAAUACGUUGGAAGGCUUGAAAUGGAUACAAAAAUAUAAUAUACAAUUAUAAAUAAUAAUAUGUAUUUACACUUGCAUAAUUUGUAUACUUCUGCAAGAAAGUAUAAGAGUUUUGUUCACCUAUGGACUGUCCUUCCGUGCAAGCAAUAAUUUGAGUAAAAAUUAAGAUAACUUGAUCACACUUAAAACGUGUCCCUUCGCACAAUAAGAAGGUUGGUAGACGGAAUCGGACCAUGGUCACGCCCAUAAAAUUCCAAUCCGGAAAGUAUAAAGUUAUAUAAAACAAGUAACGAAGGACUAAGUUCGGAUGUAACCGAACACUUUA